AUGGCAACUUUACAUGACCAAGAGAAGGGCGAUGUCCUCGCUCAUCAACAUGCGAUCAGCCACGUCCCCGACGAGCCUAUCAUUAAUACCAAACAUCUGGACGAGAUCAAGAACGAAAAGGCGUAUGACGCAGGUGCUCAAUUCUUCGCCGAGCUUGCCAGCCGUCCAGAUGCGGACGAUCUGAUGGCUCCUUGGACUGAAGCCGAAGAAAAAGCCAUCGUUCGAAAGCUCGACUGCAUUAUUUUACCUCUGACUAUGGUUUCUCUACUUCUUGGUGGGCUGGACAAGGUCAUCUUGGGCACCACGGCAACCUUUGGUCUUCGAACCGAUCUGCAUCUUGUAGGACAGCAGUACUCGUGGAGCAGUUCUAUCAUCUUCUUUGGCGCGAUGCUUACCGUGUUCCCCCAAAGUUGGCUCUGUCAAAGGUUUCCCACAGGAAAGGUUUUCGCUACGAAUGUAUUUUUCUUCGGUGUUAUGAGUUUCGCUACCGUUGGGGUCAAGAACGCAGGACAGCUGCAAGCCGUCCGAUUUAUUCUGGGUAUGUUUGAAGGUAUGAACACAUCGGGUGCCGGUCUUGUCAUUGGGAUGUGGUGGAAAAAGUCGGAGCAGGGCUGGAGGACUGUGCUCAUUUUCAAUACGUUUUCUUCCGUAUUCAACGGUCUCUUGUCUUACGCUGUACAGUUUUAUCCUGCUACCGGGGCUUUGCACAAAUGGCAACUCUUAUAUCUCGUGGUAGCUUGCGUCUCCUGUCUCUUCGGUGUCUUGGAUUGGAUUUUCUUUCCCGCGAACCCUACCAAAGCUUGGUGGUUAAAUGACCGACAGAAGUUCAUCGCUGUCUCUCGACUUGCCACCAACCAAGGUAUGGUUAAUCAUCAAACUAAAAUGUAUCAAGUCAAGGAAGCUCUUCUCGAUAUUCGGACUUGGUUGUAUUUCCUCAUUUCUAUCACCCUCAACAUUCCUAACGGUGGAUUAGGUGGUUUCUAUUCCAUCGUUGUGGCUGGGUUACACUUCAACGUCAAACAGUUGACUCUCCUCAACAUGCCAACUGGUGUUUUCGGCUGGGUGGCGGCGAUGUUCUGGAUUACCCUCGCUAGAUAUACGCGACAGCCACUCUUGUGUGCGAUGGGCUCCGUGAUCGUGUGUCUCGUCGGUACGAUUGUCCUCAAAGUGGUUCCACACUCGAACAUUGGAGGAUCCUUGGCUGGAUUAUAUAUCGUUUACAUGUACUGGGCGCCUUACAUGGUAUUUGGCCAAUUGAUUAUGUACGCCAACGUCGGUGGAACGAGUAAGAAAGUCGCUGUCUUUGGUAUAUCUUAUCUUGGAUACACCGUCGGCAAUCUGAUUGGACCGCAAUCAUUCCGUGCCAAAGAAGAUCCUAGUUACCCUACAGCUUAUACUGUCAUGAUGGCGGGGUACUGUGUUACUUUAGGGUUGAUGGCUCUGUAUGGUUUCUUGUGCUGGAGGGACAACAAGAGAAAGGUGACUCAAGAAGAACAGUGGCGGGCUUCAAUCGCUGGUCAAGAGCAGGAUGUUGGCGAGGAGUGGAAAGACUUGUCUGAUAAAGAGAAUCCCAAAUUCAGAUACACCUACUGA